AUGGCCUGGCCUUGGUUACUGCCUUUCGGCCUCUUUUUCGUUGCCUCUGUUGCUCAAGCUGCUGUUGUGGAGCACACCUUCAAUGUCGGGAACCUGUCUAUAAGCCAGCUGUGCCAGCCGGCGAGGAUCAUCACGGCGGUGAAUGGGCGGCUUCCCGGCCCGACCGUCGAGGCCCGGGAGGGCGACACGGUGGUUGUUCACCUCGUCAACGAGUCGCCCUACAACAUGACCAUUCACUGGCAUGGCGUGUUCCAGCGCGGCUCGCCGUGGGCGGACGGGCCGGCGAUGGUGACGCAAUGCCCCGUCAAGCCGGGCGCCAACUACACGUAUCGCUUCAACGUGACGGACCAGGAGGGCACGUUGUGGUGGCACGCCCACAUCUCCUUCCUCCGCGCCACCGUCUACGGCGCCCUCGUCAUCCUCCCCCGCGGCGGCGCCGGCGCCUACCCCUUCUCCCCCAAGCCCCACAGGGAGGAGACCGUCAUCCUCGGCGAGUGGUGGAACGCCAACGUCUACGAUCUGCAGCAGCAGGUGUUCCUCACGGGGGACACGACGAGGAUGCCGCCCGCCGACGCCUACACCAUCAACGGCAAGCCGGGAGACUUGUACAACUGCUCCGCCGCUAACCAGACUUACAAUUUCCGGGUGCGGAGCAACGAGACGUACCUGCUCCGGAUCAUCAACGCCGCACUCAACACGCCCAUGUUCUUCAAGGUGGCGAACCACACCUUCACCGUCGUCGGCGCGGACGCCGCCUACACCACGCCGUACGAGACCGACGUGGUGCUGAUCGCGCCCGGGCAGACCGUGGACGCGCUCAUGGUCGCGGGCGCCGCCGUCGGGCGCUACUACAUGGCGGCAUCCCCGUACGACAGCGCCAUCCCGCAGGGGCCGCAAUUCAGCAUGACCAACGGCACGGCCAUCGUCGAGUACGCUGGCUCGGCUGGGGAGGACAAGCCGCAGCUGCCGCCGCGGACGGAGUACAACGACACGGACACGGCCUUCCGGUUCCUCUCCAACCUGACGGCGCUGGUGCUCCCCGGCAAACCGACGGUGCCGCUGUCCGUGGACACCCGCAUGUUCGUAACCGCGCACUACUACGGGGACGACGCGUCGGCCGGCGUCUACACCCGCGACUUCCCCGACCGGCCGCCGGUCAUCUUCGACUACACCGCGGUCGCCAGCGACAACGACACCCUCAAGUACACGACCAAGUCCACCAAGGUGAGGACGCUGCGGUACAACGAGACGGUGGAGAUGGUGCUGCAGAACACGCGGCUGAUUGCCAAGGAGAGCCACCCCAUGCACCUCCACGGCUUCAACUUCUUCGUGCUCGCCCAGGGCUUCGGCAACUACGACGAGGCCGCGGCGGCGCCGCGGUUCAACCUCGUCAACCCGCAGGAGCGCAACACCGUCGCCGUCCCCACCGGCGGCUGGGCCGUCAUCCGCUUCGUCGCAAACAACCCUGGGAUGUGGUUCAUGCACUGCCACUUCGACGCCCACCUUGAUCUGGGGCUGGGAAUGGUGUUCGAGGUUCAGGACGGGCCGACGGCGGAGACAUCGGUGCCGCCGCCGCCAAUGGACCUACCUCAGUGCUAA